AUGAGUCACACGAGUCUAUAAAGAGCAGAGAGAUGAGGCCAGCAUCUCAGUACACCUCGAGCAGCGGAGGGGGUCACGUCACGUAGCGUCGCGUCAUGGCGGUCACGGUCUGGGUGAGUGCUCUCAUCUCCCUCCUGGUUUCCUCCCUGGCGGCGUCUCCUUCAGUAUACUUUCCUCCAGACGUCAGCAAGCCCCCCAGCCCUUACCCGCUCAAGCCCUCAGGCCACCCACGCCCCUUCUUCAAGUCCUACACGCUUGUGCCGCCCUCACACGCACAUAUCUCCACCGGGAAACCGCAGCCUGACCCACAGAGGACCACGCCCCGUGCCCUCGCCAACAACACUGCCUCUCAACCUCACGCCCUAAGCAGGAACUCAUCUCACGCCCACGCCCAACAGAAAACCACCGUUCACAAGCAUAGUCUACGGAAAACUAAAUCCCGCCCACGUCCUUCGUCUCACGGUCCCACGCCCUCAGUGCACGUCCCGCCCACGUACUAUCUGCACGGGGUGUACGACUCCUACCCGACGCACAUCUCUCUGCCGCGAUCCCGCAAACAUCCCAAGUAUCCCUCACACAUUGUCUACUCCCUGGAGCCCCCAGAGGACCCGCAGCUCUCCUACCUGGUCUACGAGCCCGCCCAGCCCCUCUGCUCCUCCAACACCACCAAGUCCUGGUGCGUUAGGGACACGGAGUACCCCAAGGACGAGAUCACCCUCGCCGCCGCCUACCACUACGAGAAGAUGCUCACCCUGUACACAGACGUGGCAAACCUCAACACACACCAGUCCGCCGACCUAACCAGCUACCAGACGAAGGAGACCUACCUUUGCCCCUCGGAAACCGCUUAUGUCAGGCCGCUGCGCGCUGUCAAUACGGAGGGCAAGUGGCGCGUCAUCGUGAAUGGCAUCAAGGUGCACUACGAGAUCCUGACGCAGACCACCCGCCUGGAGGAGUGCCUCAGCCCUGGCUACGUCUGCCCGCUGGUGCCUCGGUGCUACGAGUCCAAGUGCCUACAGAAGUCCAUCUACCACCGCUUCCUCGUCUACGACCCCUACGACCAGUAUUUCCCCUUCGCCGUGGAGACCUUCAAGCUGCCCGCCAGCUGCGCAUGCCUGCUCGGCGCCUCCACCCUCGAACACUAAA